UCGCGGCAUUGACGUCGAUUUCGGGGUGGGGAAAGUCUCAACAUCAACAGAGAAAGGAUAGUUACGGAGAAGCAGAAGAACAAACGGAAGAGAUUGAGAGGGUAGAAAAUGUUGUUGUAAAAACAGUCUAUGGAUGUAACUGACAGUACAGUGGAAAGAUUUCUAUAACGGAGUCCACUCCCGUCUAGACAUGGAAGCCGUCAAACUUAUGAGGGAGCUUAAAGCUAAUUUUGAACAGGAGAGGAAUUAUCUACCGAAAGAAACCGGACUUAGUCUGAUCGAGUCAACCAGAGAGAAUGACAAUAGGGGAAUAUCAGCCAAAUGUAGGGAUGCCAAAGUGGAGGACCUCUGGAGCCUGACCAGUUUUUUUGGCUACAGCACCAAGACUUUUGUCCUGGCAGUCAACCUGCUAGAUAGAUUCCUGGCCAUGAUGAAGGUCCAGCCCAAGCAUUUAGCCUGCAUUAGCAUCAGCUGUCUCCAUAUCGCAGCCAAAGCCGUCGAAGAGGAAUGCAACGUGUCUUCUACCAACGAACUUAUUCGCAUCAGCCAAUGCAAAUUCACGGUCUCGGAUCUCACUCGCAUGGAGAAAAUCGUCUCGGAGAAACUCAACUUUCAGAUCCAAGCCAUCACAGCCUUAACCUUCUUACACCUGUACCACAGGAUCACACUCUCAGAUACCUCAGACAGGAAGGAGACCCUGAACCUCGAUAAACUGGAGGCGCAGCUAAAAGCCUGUAUCUGCCGGAUUGCAUUCUCCAAAGCUAAACCAUCUGUCUUGGCCCUGUCUCUCCUCACUCAGGAGAUAGAAGCUAUGCAGGCCGCCGACAUGUUAGAAACGGCACAUCAUGUUCAGAGACAUCUCAAGAUCGCUGACACCGAGCUGAUUCACUGGAGGGGGCUAGUGGCCAAGUGCAUGUCUGACUACUCGUCCCCUGAAUGUAGCAAGCCAGACAAUAAGAAGCUAGUGUGGAUCGUGUCAAGGAGGACUGCCCAAGGCCUGCACACCAGUCACUACAGUGUUCCCGAUCUGCCAACCAUUCCCGAGGACUGCUGGGAUGAGAGUGAAAGUGAGGAUUCGUGUGAAGACAUGAGUUCUGGGGAGGAGAGCCUGAGCAGUUCCCUGGGCUCUGAUGCAGAGGGACCUUACUUCCCCCUUCAUUUCCGGUGCCAAAGCAACAAGUACCCCCAGACCUCGUAGACCGCACCCCUGUGAGGGAGCCACAGUGCCUGGGUUCCACAACCUCUUCUUGUACUGUGGAGUACUCUUCACUAGUGGUUAUAAGAAAACCCCACAGCUAAACAUUUUGAAAAUGAGAAGAAAAGAAAAAAACAUUUGUUAAAUUGGGCACGUUCAGGGAGUCCCCAUGUGACCACCUGAUUGUUUAUCUUGGUGUAUACAGCCCAGAGAAUCACCUUCCCUAAUCCUAAAUACCUAAUAUAUCUUAAUUUAUUCUUGUUAGUUACGGUAGGGUCAGAACACCCAUUGUUUUACCAACAAACGAAUCAAUAUACUGUAUUCUCUUAUUCUUUUAAGCUAAAAACAAACGUAUCUAUGGUACAUACAGACUGUUGCACAAUCCUGACUUACAGGCAGCUGAAAUAUUUUUUUUUUGUACAUGUAGCGUUUU